ACAAAUAUCAAAUGGGUUCUUGAAGUGAACUUUAAGAUGACAAAUAUCCAACAAACUGUGUCAGAGUUGUGGUUGUAUCGUUCAAAUUCAGUGACUUCCUGCAUUUAAAGAGCAGAUAAAUGAUAAAUGUGAACACAUUUUUUUAGAAGGAUUUAAAAUCCUUAAAAAAGACUAUUUUAAAUAUUCUGGGUGCUGUGUGACAAUAAAAAGUUAACUCUCUUCCCCUCACUGUCAGUAAACACCAUCUUAAUCAGAGGCAGGAAAUCAGCUCUAAACCACAGAUAAUCACUUUACAUUUCAGAUUAUUGAUGAAUAAAAGCACUGAUCUUUAAACUGGAGUCACAUUAUUACUGCGUCGACUGGACAAAAGCCACAGAAAAGUAAGAAGAGGAUCAGACAGAACCUUUAAUCACUGCUGAUUGGUUUCAUUUGGGAACAUGUGACCUUUGACUUUGACUUCAAAUAAAGAAAAGAUCAGAAUAAAGCUGCUCUCUGAUUGAUCUACGUAACUAAUUAGAUUUACAAAUAAAAUGCAAUAAUUAAACUCAGACUUAAGUGCAUCUGUUAUAUAUAUAAGAUGAGACUGACACUGAACAUCAGCGCUUUUUUUAUCAAUAAUCUCAAAUCUAAAAUGAUCGUUUGUGGUUUGGUGGUGAUUUCCUUCCUGCCUUCACAGCGUUAAUUAACAGCCAGGAGAAGAACUUUUAUUUUUAAUACAGCACCAAGAAUAUUUAACACAUCUUGAAGGACUCUGACAAUACAUUUCCUUCUGGUUGGAUUUAAAAGCAUCACUGUUUAAUUGAACCCGUGUUUAGGCCUAAAUCUGGUGAAAAAAACUUUACCCAGAUUUUUCUGGUGUCUUUUUCUGCAGCUCUGAAAGGUUUCAUUGUGAAUUAUGUUGUUCAGUAGCUUUAAACACAUGCAGGUGAACUGUUUGAACCAGUCUGCGCUGUGGCCGCAGGGAGGCGCUGUAGAGCAGCUGCAGGACUCAAACACGUGAUUGGUCCGUUUGUGCGUAAAAGACUUGAGUCCCGGUUGAUGCUGUGGUUAGUUUUUGGGGCAGUGGGUCAGACUGCUGCAGCUCUCAGGGGUUCACACCUUUAACACGCGUUUAUUUGAUGGAACAUCGUCCCUGCCGUUCACUGUGCGUAAAGAUUAAAAACCCAAACCUGUCCGCAUCAUGUGCAGCAGUUUGUUGGUGAAAACUCUGGAGGACCUGAGCCUGGACUCGGGGUAUGUGGCCGGGGAGCCGUGCCCGUCCCUCAGCCUGUCCUCCUCCGGGAGGUCCCGGCGGUCUCCGCCGCACUCGAGCACUCCUCACCGGGGUUCCUGGGGGCAGCGCGCCGGCUCCCUGUACAGCCGGAACGGCAGCUGGGACACGGUGAGCACGCUGCCGGAGGACGCGGCGGACGUCCUGGCCAGGUGUCCCUGCCUGCCGGAGCUGGAGGAGUAUCCCUGGACCGAGGCGGAGCUGCGGGAGGUCGUGCGUAAAGUCUCCGGCUCAGACGCGUCGUUCACGCUGGACGCGGUGCACCGGCUGUCCGCGCUGCUCCGGAGGGCUCUGGUGCGGAUCUCCCGGGAGGCGCAGAGGCUGAGCGAGCUCCACGGGCGGUGCACGCGCCUGGAGGUCCAGAGCGCCGUGAGGCUGGUGCUGAGCUGGGGUCUGUCCGAGGAGUGCGUCUCCUCCGCGGUGAAGGCGGCGUCUCUGCACUGUAUGAGCUCCGGGGACACGGCGCCUCAGCGCGGCAAGUCCGCGCGCUGCGGGCUCACGCUCUCCGUGGGCCGCUUCUUCAGGUGGAUGGUGGAAGCGCGCGUGUCGGUGCGCAUCCACGAGUACGCCGCCGUGUUCCUGGCGGCGUGCGUGGAAAGGCUGGCGGAGGAGGUGGCCGGACGGGCGCUGCGGGCCGCGGCCGCCGAGGAGGAGCAGGGACGGGGCGAAGGAGUCACCUGGAGCCUCCCGGUGAGCGCGGAGCUGCUGGAGGGGGCCGUGAACAAGGACGCGGAGCUGUGGGGGCUGCUGCAGGUCUACGAGCAUCUGAUGUGUGGCAAAAAUGCAAACGGUGAGCUGUCGCUGCCGGCCCACGUCAGCCCGUACGCCAAGGCUCCCAGGGACCCGGCGGAGAGCAGGGAGGACGCUUACGUCCAGCUGGAGCUGAGGACUCUGGAGCAGGCUCUGCUCGCCACCUGCGUGGGCAGCAUCGCGGAGCUCAGCGACCUGGUGUCUCGAGCGAUGCGCCACAUGCAGCGCCUGCACAGCUCCAGCCCCUCCAUCCACCCCGCCACCUCAGCCAAUCAGCCGCCGGCCUCCUGGGCCCCGGACGCUCUGCGCACCCUCUACUACUUCCUGUCCAGCCCGCAGAUGGAGUCGCUGGAGAACCCCAACCUGGAGCCUCCGGCCGUGACGCUGAGCAGAGAGAGGCCGUUCCUGCUCCUCCCUCCUCUCAUGGAGUGGAUCCGGGUCGCCGUGGUGCACGCCGAACAUCGCCGCAGCCUAUUGGUGGACAGCGAUGAUGUCAGACAGACGGCCCGGCUGCUCCUCCCAGGACUCGACUGUGAACCCAGGCAGCUGAGGUCCGACUGCUGCUUCCUGUCGUUUAAAUGCCUGAACGCGGAAGCUGCUUCGGCCAAGUUCCAGCUGGACUUGGGCUUCAGGAUGCUCUCGUGUGGCCGAGCAGAUCUGGUCCAUCAGGCCGCACGUCUGCUGGGAGCGGAGGGAGUGAACACCAUGGACGACCAGGGGAUGACUCCUCUCAUGUACGCGUCAGCGGCCGGAGACGAAGCUCUGGUGCAGAUGCUGGUGGAAGCCGGAGCUCAGCUGGACCUGCAGGUCCCCGGCUGCUCAGCCAGACAUCCGUCUGUUCACCCCGGCAGCCGGCGUUGGGUGGCGCUGACGUUCGCGGUGCUGCACGGUCACCUGUCAGUGGCUCAGCUGCUGCUGGAGGCCGGAGCAGACGUAGAAGGUGGAGCGCUGCUGGACGGUCAGGAGAGUUCAGCUGAGACGCCGCUGCAGCUGGCGGCUGCUGCAGGUUACUAUGAGAUGGUCAGCCUGCUGCUCGCCCACGGAGCCGACUCUCUGCUCAGAGUGCAUCCUGGGAAUUCCCUGACGUCGCCGCUGUAUGAAGACAUGAACUGCUUCAGUUACGCAGCAGCACAUGGACACAGAAACGUCCUCAGGAGGCUCCUGCUUCAGCCGCAGCACAGGAAGGAGGACAUCCUGUCUCUGGAGGAGAUCCUGGCCGAAGGAGUGGAGGAGGGAGAGAAGAUGGGGAAGUCUCCGGCGGCUGAUUCCUCGGGCGUCGUUCCCAGGCUGUGUAAGGCCCGGAUGAAAGCCCUGCAGCAGGCGGCCUACUACAGCGCCGAGCACGGACACCUGGACGUAACCAUGGAGCUCAGAGACAUGGGUGUUCCCUGGAGGCUCCACAUCUGGCUGGAGUCUCUCCACAGAGCCCUGCAGCUGAGCCGGGACGAAGUGAUCGUCUCUCUCCUGGCAGAGUUCCCCUCCAUCCGGAGGGAGGACUACAGCCCCGAGCUGCUCUCUGCAGGGAUACCGCUCAUGUUCAGCAUGUUGGAGAGCAGCAAGGACUAUGUGGUGAUGAAGCGUCUGUCCUCCGUCUUCUCCCACUGCUACGGCUGCUGUCCGGUUCCUCCCGUCCCGCCCAUGGACACGUCUCUGUCCACACAGCUGGAUAUCCAUUUCCUGAACAACAAGGAGAUGUCGGAUGUGACGUUCGUGGUGGACGGACGUCCCUUCUUCGCCCAUCGGGUCCUGCUGAUGUCGGCGUCCGACAGGUUUCGGCGAAUGCUCCUCGACUCCCCCAACAACGUCAUCCACAUCAGCCACAUGACCUACAGCACCUUCCAGGUGAUGAUGAAAUCUCUCUACUGUGGAGGAACCGAGGGGCCAAACGUCUCCCACUCUGAGGCCGUGAAGCUGCUGCCAGUGGCGUCUUUCUUCCAGCUGCGAUGUCUCCAGAGAUGCUGCGAGAGGACAUUGUCUCAGAGUCUGACCCUGGACAACGUGGUCAGCAUCUACCAGGCUGCAAAGCACCACGGAGCAGCGGAGCUCUGCAGGUUCUGUGAAGGGUUCUUCCUGCAGAACAUGGACCAGCUCCUGGACCGGGAGGACUUCCACCGCCUGCUGCUGGGAGGCGUCAGUCAGGACCUGCUCUGUCCGGGGACCAGCACCCGGUCCGGGCCAGGACCCAGAGACCCGGACCCACAGGUCCUCCUGAGGGACCUGGAGGCGGCUCUGAUCCAGAGACUUUACAGCCUCCACGCCGUGUGUCGAGAGUAGAAACGCUGCAGAGUUUGGGAGUAGUAGCCAUACUGUGUAACAGGUUAGUGUAGACUGCAGACACACAUAGUUCAUCCUAUUUAUUAACAAGUGAAGACGAGGACGAGACGAUCUGAGAUGAUGCCAAAAAUGAAUUAUUGUUAAAGUAAUAUUUAAAUGUGGUUGCAGUUUUCCCAUGACUGAGACUUUGGGAUUUUUUUUACCAGUAACUUAACCUUUAUUUCUAAUAAGCUGCAACGAACAAACUACAAAGAAUAAAAAGAAACUGACGUUACCUCAGAGCACUUGUUUAAAAAAUAUAUUUAAAGUUGUUAAACUGUAUUUAGACUGAAACACCAGUUUGCACUUAAAGAAACGGUCAGAUUCACAAUACUUUUAAAACACUCCACCUAAAAUAAAAACGUCAGCUUGCAGAUUUUAUUGGCUAAUUUAUAUAUACAGUAUGUAAUUUAUUGUAAAAUGAAACUUAAAAUAGUUGCAUGGUUAAAAAUCAUCGUCCCCAUCCGAUCAAAAAACCAUUUAGACGACAUGGAAACAAAGCUGGUUUGCUCUGGUGCUGUGAAGUAAACAGCUAGUUAGCCUAGCUAGCAUCAUGCUACACAUUUUCUUAAAAAAGAAGAAUUUAAAUUUCUUCUCACAUCAUUGUGCCUAACGGUUUAAUUUUUUUUUCCCUAACAUAACUUAGGCCCAGAAUAAUAUUUAGUGAGUGCUAUGCUAACGCUCAGUUUUGCAAGUAAUACUCGGUGACCAGGUACAGUGGUGAGCUAAUUAGCUUCAUAUGUUAGCUUUUAAUGAAAUCCAGAAUCCUGAGGUUUUCAGAAGCCUAGCGCGCUCAGUUACCAUCAGAUGAGAGAAAAUAACGAGUUCCCAACAGAGAGACUCUGGAACAACAUUCUCUCAGAAUUGCUAGUGAAAUAUGCUAUGCUAUAUGCUAAUUUGGGAUUGAAUUAAUCCGAUGCUAACCCUUGAAGGUAAUCGUAGGUUCCUACUCUUCAUAGUGAGGUGUUUAGCGUCAUGUGUUAGCUUUUAUUCUGUUUUAUUGCUGCUCAAUUUUGGGAUUUUGAAAAUUGCUGAAUAUGUUUUUGUGUCAACGUGCAGCAACAAAACAUCUGAAAAACCUGCUGUGAUUAGACAGUUAGGAGGUUUUAAACUGUUUGUUUGCUGAAUCUGACACUAAAAGGGAAAAUAAAUAAUCUUACAUAUAUUUUUUGCUACAUUUUAUUUGGCUACUGUUUUUUUUUUAAUGUAAUGUACAGUUUUGUAGACUGAAAGACAUUUGUGAUGUAAAGACUUAAUACACAUAAUCCACUCUGACUGUGUAAUAUAUGUAUGUACAUAUUUUUUGUGAAUAAACCUUUAAAUGAGACAAACUGUGCAUCAAAACAAAA